AUGAACUGGCUCAUCGGUCAGUGGAGAGUGGAUGUCAGUAAUGCAGGGACUAGGGGCCGUCAUCUGGGGGACUGGAGACCAAGUGGGACGCCGUCCUUGGGCGUGCCAGCUCCCUCUGCUGGAUUUCGACUGGACCUCGACUGGGGUCAGGCUGUGCCUCUGACUGGAGCCAGCCGGGUCACGGCUCCCACCACGACUGAGGCCGGUUGCAGACUGCCGGGGGGCACCCCGAGCCCACGGAGGGACAGCCCAAACGAUGAGGAGACGGAUGCAGGCCAACAAGGACAUCGGUGA